AUGUUUCACGAACCAGCAGUUAUGCCGCGCGAUGAAAGUCAGGAAAAUUAUCCUGACGCUACAAUGCUGCUGAUACUGCUGGGAGUUCUGCAGCUCAGUCAUGGCCUGCCUCAAAAGCCGAACCUGGACGCGAUCCUGAACCGGAGGACGGACGUCUACAUAGCCGGUUUCUUCCCUUUCGGCAAGGGAGUCGAGAACUCUAACACUGGUCGUGGGGUGAUGCCCAGCGUCAAGCUGGCGCUGGACCACGUCAACGAGCAUGACUCCGUGCUGCGAAACUACCGUCUCCACAUGUGGUGGAACGACACAGAGUGCAACGCCGCCGUGGGUGUCAAGUCCUUCUUCGACAUGAUGCACAGCGGGCCCCACAAGCUGAUGCUCUUCGGGGCGGCCUGCACCCACGUCACCGACCCCAUCGCGAAGGCCUCCAAGCACUGGCAUCUUACGCAGCUCUCGUACGCGGACACCCAUCCGAUGUUCACCAAGGAGGCGUUCCCCAACUUCUUCCGCAUCGUGCCCUCCGAGAACGCCUUCAACCUGCCCCGCAUCAGGCUCCUGCAGCACUUCAACUGGACGAGAGUAGGGACAAUCUAUCAGAACGAGCCCAGAUACGCACUGGCGCAUAACCGUCUGCUCGCUGACUUGGACGGCCACGGCUUUGACAUAGACGAGACGCAGAGCUUCGCCACCGAAGUCAGAAGCGCUCUCGCGAAGCUCAAGGAGAAGGACAUCAGGAUCAUUCUCGGGAACUUCAAUGAAACGUGGGCGAUGAGGAUAUUCUGCGAGGCAUAUAAGCUGGAGAUGUACGGGCGGGCGUACACGUGGCUCCUGUUGGGGACGUACAGCGAGCGCUGGUGGCUGCGCCGCGCCCCCUGCGCUAGGCGCGACCUCACCGCCGCCCUGGACACCGCCAUCCUCACCGACCUGCUGCCGCUCUCCACCACCGGGGAGACCACCGUGUCGGGGAUUACCGCGAAGGAUUACCAAGUAGAGUAUGAUCGCAGAAGAGGUCUCGAGUAUUCCAGGUUCCAUGGGUACACUUAUGACGGUAUAUGGGCCAUGGCCCUCGCGAUCCAGACGGUGGCACAGAGAGUGAAGCUCAAGCAUAAGGAGAAGACCGUUCAGGACUUCCGGUACCGGGACAAAGAGUGGGAACAGCUGUUCCUGGAUGCGCUCAGCAACGUCACCUUUGAGGGUGUAACUGGUCCUGUUCGUUUCUACGACAACGAGCGAAAGGCCUCUAUACUCUUGAAGCAGUUCCAAGGUGAUCAGGUUGGGGAAGUGAAGGUGGGCGAGUACUGCGCCGAGAGGGACCACCUCGACCUGAGCAGCUGGGAACCAUUCAAAUGGGUUGGCAAGAAUCCGCCGAAAGACCGUACACUGCGCCUCAUCGAGCACACACAAGUCAAUAUCACCAUCUACGCGGUGCUGGUCUCUUGCUCCGUGCUGGGAAUUCUUCUAGCGACUGGUUUCCUCGCGAUGAACAUACAUUACAGAAACCAAAGGUAUAUAAAAAUGUCUUCGCCGCAUCUAAACAACCUCAUCAUCGUCGGCUGCAUGCUUACGUAUAUGAGCGUCAUCUUCCUCGGCCUGGACUCCAGCCUCAGCAGUAUAGGUCUUUCUCAGGAAACGCCGCGUGGAGCCGCGUUCCCGUACAUUUGCACCGCGAGGGCGUGGCUUCUUAUGGCCGGUUUCAGCUUGGCUUUUGGGGCUAUGUUCUCAAAAACGUGGCGCGUGCACUCCAUUUUCACAGACGUCAAGCUCAACAAAAAGGUGAUAAAAGACUACCAGCUGUUCAUGGUCGUCGGUGUUUUGCUGUGCAUCGACUUGGCCAUCAUGACCACCUGGCAAAUAUCCGACCCUUUUUACAGAGCUACGAAGCAAAUGGAGCCCUACCCGCACCCGACGAGCGAGGAUAUAGUCAUAGUCCAGGAGAACGAGUAUUGCCAGUCUGAGAGGAUGACCAUCUUCAUUGGGGUGUUCGGUGCGUUCCUCGCGUGGGAGACACGCCACGUUUCCAUACCAGCGCUCAACGACUCGAAGCACAUCGGCCUGUCCGUAUACAACGUCCUGAUCAUGUGCAUCAUGGGCGCACCCAUCGCUCUAGUAUUAGCCGAUCACAAAGACGCCUUAUUCGUUCUAAUAGCCAUCUUCAUCAUUUUCUGCACAACGGCAACCCUGUGCUUGGUUUUCGUGCCAAAGCUGGUGGAGCUGCGACGCAACGGGCAGCCGGGGGCCGCCGGAUCCAGGAUCCGGGCGACCCUGCGGCCCACCGCGGCGCACGAGUGCCGAGAGCCCGGCCCCGAGCUGGAGCGCCGGCUGAAGGAGCUCCGGCAGUACAACAACCGCUACCGGCGCACGCUGCAGGCGAAAGAGAACGAGCUGCAGAUGCUGCUGAGCAAACUCGGCAGCGACGCCAGCUCGGAGUCUUCGGUUCGCGACUCCCGUUCCCCGGCUGCUCAGCGCACUCGCCCCACCGCGCGCGACCUCAGCCACCCAGAGACGAGCGACAUUACAUCGGUGUGCAGCCUAAGCGCGUCAGCUGGUGCCGAAUCUGAAUACAUAAAUCUGCAGAGUCAGACAAUUAUCGAGAGACCGAAGCCAUCCGCCCCACCGGAGCCGAUCAAGGAGGUGACCAUCAAGGAGCCGAAGAAGGAGCAGACGAAGAACGUCUCCUUCAAAAACCACCUGGACUACACCAGCCCGCCGGCCUCCAAGGCUGUACCCGAAAAGGAUCAGCUCGCCAAACUUCCCUACGGCUGGUCAACGGAGGAGCCCCCGGAUCCGCCAAAACCGAUAACAAAGCCCACGGAGCCCGUCAAAGCAGAAACGAAGACGGUGCCAGCUCUGAAGCCAAGCGAUACACCUACGGUCAAGUCGAUGCCGGCCAAAGUACAGGAGCCGCUUUAUACCAAAGCCGCUACACCGAAGGUUCUCAAGACGCCGGAGGCCCAGAAGAAGGCGGGGAAGCCCCCGGAAGGUGGCGCCAAGUCGACGCCGUCCAGGGAGCCCAAGGCGCGGCACCGGCGGAUGUCCAGCGCCAGCCCCGCGCUCCUCGCCGACCUCAUGCACGUGCCCCUGGACAGGGACGACGUCCCCGAAAGGAUUCCACCGGUCCAAGAAAGGGACCCGCCCAUACCGCCGAAACCUAAACAAGAGCCAGAAGACAUCCUCGACAUCGAUCACGAUUUCUCUUCGAUGGAGAGAAGAAAAUCUUGCCAAAGAAAAGAUUCCGAGAAGAGAAAGAAAGAGAACUUCAUAGUCGUUCAGAGCGACCUUUGGGAUACAAACACCUUCCAGUAUACGUGCCAAAAAUCGCCACCAGCUCACGCUCACACUCCAAUGCAGAGGAGCGUCUCGGAAAAGAGUAGGCAGCAGCCUUCGCCACAUCACCACAGAGAGCCCGAUACAAGAAGCAUGGAGAGGAGAGCUUCGAACUCUUCGAUCAAUCAUACUGGACCAGCUAGAGGCAGUACCCCAGAGGGCUACAGAGACGCCGAUACAUUGAGAAUGUCCGACAGAUUGACGAAGCGUCGAGGCUCCGAGUAUCCUCUACCGGUGAGCACGCCUCCGCACCAGUUGCAGACGAAACGGCGUCAAUCAGCAGCCUACAUGAGGUCGUACCAGGAGGAGGUAGAGAAAGUUGAGAGCACACCGCGGAGGCAUGACGACAUUCCACGGAAGCACAUAGCAGACCCCCAACCGGAGCCCGAACCCUGGAAGCCCGAUCCUGACACCAUCAGGGUCUCGAAGAACCAGGAGUCUCCUGCGAAGAGGCUGAAGCAGGAGGCCGAGCCGCUGAAGAGGGCGAAGGGCGUCGGGGACUCCCCCAAACUGACGCAAGCGGUGCACCAAAUUAGGCCCGAUCACCACAAGAGCAGCCCAAACGUCGCGUCGAGACACAAAGGCGAAUCACCGGGCAAGAAAGAGGAACGCAAGUCCGCCACGUACAAUAGAAACGAUUCAAAACGUCAGGAAUCUGUGGACCAGCGCAAAAUGUACACGGCCAGUUCGGAAUCCGAGUUGUUUGAAUGUGCCAUACUUCCAAUUUUUCAAAAACUUCUCACGGAGAGACACAAAAGCCAGCCGCACGGCCUGAAUUUGAGCUACGGAGUUAGUUGUCCGAACAUUUCAAUCAAAUGUGACAUAGUUGAGUACUUG